AUGACCAUCUUCUCGCUCUUCGCGCGCGACCGCGCCAUGUCUAGCGGUUCGCUGCCGCCAGCAUCGCCGGUGAGCAGCGCGGCCUCGAGCGCGGUGACGGCGCGAGACGACGAUGCCCUGAGCGUUGCGAGCGGCUUCUUCAGUGACGUCGAUGACGCCGACGAAGUCGACUGCGCCUCGGACGACGCUGUUGCUGGUGCUGCUGACGACGACGACAACUCCGCUACUGACACCGCCACCGCUUCCGACGAGGGCGCUGCUAGUGUCGAGACCACCGGGUCAGCAAAUUCAACAGCUGGUGCCGACUUGCACCGGCUGUGCACGAUGGGCAGCACCAAUCUUCCCGCUGGCGCCGGUCUGACUGACCCCAUGCACACCGAUGGGAUCGGCAACGACGUUGCCCAAGGUGUUACCGGCGUCGACGAUACUGUUCACGCCGUUCACGACGACACCUUUCAAGACGAUCAAGACAUACUGUUUCAAGAUGGUAUUCACGACGAUGGUAUCGAUACCUGUCCCGAUUUCGACGACUCGAUUUUCGACCCGACGCUUCUCGUCCCGGCCACCGACGACUGUCCCGUUUUUGACACUGCCAACUGCGAGACUGACCUCCCCGUCCCAGAUGCGUUGCCAGGACAUGUCCAAGUUACCAGCAACAACGACCAAGCUUCUCAUGUUCAAGAUGCCGCUAACAGCCCCGUUCAAGACCAAGUAUCUGCCGCUCGCGUUGCUACAAGCACCCGUCUCGCGCUUGUGCCCGGUUCGACGAGCGAGCCUCCCGGCUCACGUCAACCGGUUGACACUACCGUCGCCGCCACGUCUCUCGCCACGGACGUUCCCGCCGCCCCGUCACUGGCAACGUUAUCAGUGUUCGCCCACAAUGCGGCGGUGUUCAGGUGCAUUGCUUGCAGCUUUGCAGCACCGCAGCUCGCCGAGCUACGUGCUCACCGGCACCGGAAGAACCGCGGGACCGUCUUCACGGAUGUUUUCCACAGUGGAUGCACCUGUGCCAUGUCGUUUGCCCAACGGGCUGCGGCUACUCGGCACAGCCUCCACUGUGGAACAGCCCAGACUGCACGUUGUGACGCAACUUCAACGCCGCAACUGCAGCAGCAACAACACACAGAAGACACACCGGCGACUGGAGGAGGGCCCACGGUGACACGCCGUAAUCCUCUUCCAGACUUAGCCACUCUACUCACUAGUUCCUCUCGGCCGUGGCUGGCCGCUCGCUCUCGUCUUCGUGUCUCUUUGAUCCGGACAGACACUCAAGACUCCAGUGGGACUUCAACGCAGCAUGUGACAGUGCUUACAGGAUGCAAGCGUCGCCGUCUGAACCCUUCGCUCGUACCGGAUCAAGACCAAGAUAUCGACAUGGACCACCUCGAUGCUGCGCCAGUUGAUGAUUUUCUCCUCCGUAUGAUGGCGUACGCUCCUAACACUACUUCAGCUUCGCCGAAGCAUACACACUUUCAGCAACCGUUGAUUGUACCUUCCUCGGCGGUUCCUGUGAUCUUCACACUUCCAAGACAUGAUGAAGAAAAUCAAGAUGUUGCUACUGGAGUUACUGAAGACCUUGACGACCACAAAGAUGAUGAUCUUGACGACAACAACGAUGACUUUGAUAUAAUUACUGAUGACAAAGAUGAAAAUGAUGAUGAAAACGAUGGCAACGAUGAUGAACACGUAGACAAUGGAAACGAUGAUGAUGACGAUGGCGCCACCGAUACUGCUGCUGCUGAUGAUGUUACUCCGAGUGAGGUUACUCUACCACAAGACCCCGAUGUCGCGAUGCCAGAUCCAGACCCUGAGUCCGCUGCAUGGACCAUGUUUUUCGAUGGAGCUUUUCGCCCCCGUUCGAGACAACACGGUGCAGGUGCAGGAGCUGGUGCCACACUUUUCAAGGCACAGUGA